AUGGGAACCAGUUCAAGCAGCAAGCACUCGCAGUCUAGUGCUACGUUCCAGCAGAGGGCGGGCCUUCCACACAGCAGCAACUGGGCACGACCAACUAUAGAGGGCGCCACUUACGACUGGCAACAUAAUAUUAUUAUGAAUGGUUUGAAGAAACAACUAAAUCACAAUGUUUAUUCAUGCCGUCAAUCUACCCGUUGCCAUAAGUGUAAGAAAAGACACCACACACUUCUGCACCCUGACACUGUCAACGCUGCUGUGACUGAUAGUCCAGCAGAUGUAAAUGUAGCAGCUGCUACUACAGCUUCUACAUCUUAUCAAGGUGAGUCAACCACCCCUGUUUGUUGUUAUGUAAAUACUCAUAGUCAAGGUUUAUUAGCCACAGCUUUGGUCAAUGUCGAGUCGAGAUCUGGAGCUGCCUUUGUUUUAAGAGCUUUGAUGGAUCAAGGCUCUCAGGUUUCCUUUAUCACGGAAUCUGCAGUCCAGCUUCUUGGCUUGAAAAAGUUACCUGCUCAUGCCGACAUACUCCGUCUAGGCGAUGACGAAGGCAUUUCAAUGCCUUCCAAGUGGAUUGUUAAGUUUAAAUUGCAGUCUCGCCUAGACCCCAAUUUUGUUUUAUAUGUCGACGCGUAUGUUUUAACAAGGCUAACCUCACACCUUCCUGAGCGAAGGAUCGUUCAGGCUUUGCCGUUGGUUUCGUCUUUGGAGUUGGCGGAUCCCUCAUUCCAUACUCCAGGCAAUAUUGAUUUGCUGUUGAGCACUAGAGUGGUCGGCGCGGUUCUGGAGGAAGGACUGAUAAGAGGACCGCCGGGAGCACCAGUUGCUCAAAGGACUAAGCUCGGUUGGAUUUUGUCUGGCGAAGUCCAAACCGUAACUCAAAAGCCGGCUUGUUACGGCGUAGUUGUUAAUACACAAGUGAAUAUCAAUGAUCUUGAGUUGGAAGAGUCGGAAGAUUCUUCACAUUUGGGGGUUAUUUUAACUGAAGAAGAACAGAAAUGCAAAGAAUUGUAUUCUAAAACUACCAAAAGAGACAACACGGGUCGUUACAUCGUUAGAUUGCCUUUUAAGACAGACAAUCCCCAAUGCAAGAUUGGUAAGUCAGAGGAUACAGCUGGUAAACGUUUAAGUAAUUCGGAAAGAAAAAGAAAUGAUAAGGCUGUGAUUCAAGAAUGUCUUGACCUAGAGCAUGCUGAGGUCGUACCUGAAUUAGAAGUUUCAAGUGAUUCUGUAUAUUUACCCCAUAACGCAGUAGUGCGUACUGGCGAAAGCACUUCUAAGGUCCGGGUGGUUUUCGAUGCGUCCUGUCCAGCUAGAAGUGGUGUUUCGCUGAACUCUGGAUUGAUGAUGUCCGAGUUGUUGAGUCGUGGAGGUUUUCAGCUUCAGAAGUGGUCCACCAAUAGCGAUGAAUUGUUACUCAAGAUAAGAGAUAGAACGUGUGAUGGUAAUGUGAACAUUAUCUUCGAAAGCAACCAUGCUAUGAACAUUUUAAGUCUAACAUGGGAUCGAAGUUUUGAUGAAUUUCAAUACACCGUCCAUCUAUCUACUUUGAAGACUCCAGUAACCAAACGACGAGUGGUAUCAGACAUAGCACGUAUAUUUGAUCCACUCGGAUGGAUCUUCCUAGUUGCUAUAACGGCUAAAGUGUUUAUACACCGACUUUGGCUUUCGGGUAUUGAAUGGGAUGAGGAACUUCCUCAGCAGCUUUUAACGGAUUGGCUCGUAUAUCGAUACAAUUUACAUAAACUCACCCAAUUUCGUUUGGCCAGGUGUAUUCACACAAGUCGACAUGAUAUUGAGCUCGAACUACAAGAUUUUUGUGACGCUUCCAAUAGGGCAUUCUUGGCUGUGGUCUUUUUGCGUUCCGUUGGUUCCAACGGCAAUAUUCAUAUUAGUCUCAUAGCAUCUAAUACCAAGGUAGCCUCUGUCAAACAGGUGUCCAUACCUCGGUUGGCGUGGUGUGGCGCCGUAUUGCUUGCGAAACCUCUAAGGGAAGUUUCAGUCACAUUAGGCGUUUCUAAAAAUAAUUUACAUCCGUGGACUGACUCUUCAGUAGUUUUGGCAUGGCUGACAAGGCACCUCAGCCGUUGGAAAACCUUUGUCGGAACCCGUGUUUCCGAAAUGCUCACCAUUAUGGAUCAAUGGUCACAUAUUCAAUCGAAAGACAACCCUGCAGAUUGCGCUUCGCGAGGUGUUAGUCCGAUGAAAUUAUUGGUACUCGAGUCAUGGAUGAAGGGACCUAGUUGGCUCAAAAAUAAGCCUCUCCGUACGAAGCUGUGCAUAUACAAGGCGUACGUUCGCACGCGUCUUACCUAUGCGGCCCCUGCGUGGUUCGCACUGACCAACGAGACGGACCGCAAGUCUCUGCGAGCGCAGCAGUCGCUAGCGCUCCGCACCAUCUCCGGAGCACCACGCUUCGUACGGAAUCAGGUCAUCUCCAGGGACCUGCGCAUGGAGAGCCUGGACGACUUCGUUCGCCGCCUGAGUUCCUCUAUGUUCGCGCGCGCCGACGGAGCGCGAUCCCAGCACUUGCACGGCAUCGCGCCAUACCAUCGACGACCGCCGGACAUAAGAGGCCUACCACGUGACCUAAUCUCCUAG